AUGGUGGAGGCGACCGCGGAGCCCCCCGCGGGGCAGGAGCGGGUUCCGACCCCCGCACCGGCCGAGCGCGGCGAGCCCGCCAAGCUAAUCUCCGAGCGCGGCCCGCUCGAGGACGCCAUCAGGCUCAAGCUCGCGCAGCCCCUCGCCCCCGGCGAUCCCGCCCCGAAGAGGGACGGCUAUCCCUACGUCGCGCCCCUCAGGGAGCUUUGCGUGGAGGUCGUGGCGCAGAACUUCGUGCGCGACCCGCGCGCCAUCCGCGAGCCCGGGUUGCUGGACGCGAAGUGCGUGAAGAAGAUCGUGGACGUGCUCCCCUCGGACCUGCCCCUCGAACUCGCGGGUGAGCUCGUGGCGGAUGAGGAUUACUGGCAAAGACGGGCGGAGGGGCGAUGGGAGCCCCCUCUCGAGACGGUCGACCACGGCAGGUCGUGGAAGCAGCUGUACUUCGAGCGCAACCUCCAGGAAGCCAUCGAGGCGCACGUCGCGAAGGCGUCGACGUCGGAAGAGGACGAAGACCCGGCACGCGACGCGCUUCGACGCCUGCUCGCGUUCAGCAAGCGAUGGGCUCGCAGCCUGAAGAUCGUCCACGCGCCGGGCGCGGUGGACCUCGCCGCUCUCUUCGAGUGCACCGCGGGCUCGCUGGUGUCGCUUGAUCUAAAAUACAUCGCGAGGGACGUGCGCGACAACUACGACGGCGCGAACACGCUGGGCAUGCGCCUCGGCUGCGCCCGCGCGCUCGCCAAGGCGUUGGAAGAACACGCGGAGACGCUCACGCACCUCGGCUUGUCGCAAAAUUCAAUUGAUGAUGCCAAGCUCGAGCCGCUCGCCGAGGGCCUCGCAACGAACGCGUCGGUGACCUCCCUCGACCUGAGCAAGAACAAGAUCGGGUGCGACGGCGCUCGGGUGCUCGCCAGGGUGCUCGCCAAGGACGCGUGCGUCGUCUCGCGUCUGGACCUGGGCGAUAACGAGAUCGGCGCGUCGGGCGCGAACGCGUUGGCCAAAGCCGUCGCCGCGAGCGCGUCGCUGACGUACCUGUCGCUGCGUUUGAACCCGAAGAUCGGCGACGAGGCUGGCGCGGCGGUGCUCGACGCGGUGACGGAAUCGGGUGGCACGUCCAUGCGCGAGCUCGACGUGUCGGCGUGCGGCUUGGGUCCUAAGUCGGCGCGGGCGCUGGCGCGGCUAUUGCGAAACAACCGGACGCUUCGACGCAUCGACGCGAGCGGCAACGAGACAUUAGGUGCGGGCGACGCGGGACGGGCCAUCGCGGACGCCGUGUGCGGUUUGAACGAUGCGGUGCUCGAGUUUGACGUCAGGGGAAGCGGGUUCGGCGAGGGCGACGUCGCGAGAAUCACGGAUAAGACGCUGGACAACGCCGAGGCUGAAGAGGAGAGGGAGGGGGAGCGCGAGGAUUCCGAUUUGGGCGGGCGCAUCCUUCGCGUCGACUGGCUCCAGGACAUCGCUCAAAGCUAG